AUGUUCUCUUCCCCUUCCGCCGCCCUGGUCGGCCUUGGCUCCUCCUUCUCCUUCUGCUUUGCCUUUCUCUUCGCUGCGCUCGCCCUUGCCCCGCUGCCUGUCGACGCCCGCUUUGCGUCCAUCUCGUUCAGCGCCGUCCAGCAGUGCGGCAGCUUCACCGUCGACUUCGUCGGUGGCAAGGCGCCCGACGCCCUCCCGCUCACCCUGAGCAUCCUCCCUCUGAACGGUACGCCCGUGUUCCUCGAGCUCCCCUCAGAUGCGUGGAAUGCGACGGCCCAGACCGGUGCGGCCGUCACUUUUGUCCCUUUCCCCGUCGGCACCGAGUUCAUCGCAUCGCUCGAUGAUGCGAAUGGACAAGGCACAGCACUGGUGUCCGACGUCCUCGUCGUCGACCCUUCUGAUACGGACGACUCCUCGUGCCUGCCCACCAACCCCGCCCCUUUCACACCCCAAUAUACGGCACUAGCCCCGCUCGAGCAGUGUGAGCCGUUCAGCGUGCUCUUCAACGCAACGGCGGGCCGGACGUCCCCCACGGUACGUGGCUUCACGCCCAGGGGUGCCUCGUACCCCGUCAACCAGAGCGCGCCGUUCGACGAUGCGUCUGGCGUCGCAAACUACACCAUGGACGCCGCGCGCGACACCCAGGUCGUGUUCCUGUACAAGGACCAGAGCGGGUACACGGAGGUCUCCGCGCGGAUGCCCGUCCUGGGCGACAUCCAGAGCAGCACCUCCUGCAUCCCCACCAGCCCGCUCGCGAACUCGGCCACGCUGGAGUCCACGACCUCGGACUCGCGCGUUACGCCCAAAAUCGCGGUCAUCGUGAUCGCCGUCUGCGCCGGGGUGGUCGCCAUCGUCGCAACAGCGAUGGUGACGUGGUACAUCAUUCACCGCCGCCGCGUUCGCGCGCAGAAGUUCACCAAGCUCGACGAGGCGCAAUCGCCCACUGGCACCGGACCCGACCCGGAGAAGCAGCAGCAGGGCAUGCGCCGUGUCGGAUCACCCCCACCUCGGAUCGUCACCUCUGUCAACACGAGCCCGAUCUCGCCUGUCGACCCGCGCUAUGAGGAGCUCACGCGCUACUUGCGCAACCCGCCGUAUACGAGCAUGGAUUACGGUGCGCAAGACGAAUUCCUACGCCCCAUUCCCCCACCUUCCCAUGUGGACGCUAUCAGGAUCAUGAUCCUGGGAAGCUACGCAGGCGAUCCUGAGCAUUUCCUGUCCGCUCGAAUGUAUCACACAACGCAUGCGCAGGCGUAG